AUGGGACACCACAUUACUGUUGCUACCUCGUUGAAUCAGUGGGCUUUAGACUUUCAGGGUAACUACGAGCGCAUACUUGCUAGUAUCGUCCUCGCCAAGGAGAAGGGUGCCACGUUGCGUGUAGGGCCAGAGCUAGAGAUUCCAGGGUACGGAUGUUUAGACCACUUUCUUGAGGGGGAUACCGUUCUGCAUUCGUGGGAGAUUCUUGCCAAGUUGCUGACCUCCGAUGUCACUCAAGAUAUCCUAUGCGACAUCGGCAUGCCCGUGGUGCACAAAAAUGUGAACUACAAUUGCCGGGUAAUCAUCUAUAAUCAGAAAGUGCUCCUCAUCCGGCCCAAGAUGUGGCUCGCAAAUGAUGGGAACUAUCGCGAGUUGAGAUACUUCACCCCGUGGAAGAAGUUUCGGCAGACGGAAGAGUUUUGGUUACCUAGGAUGAUCAAGCAUAUUACUAAACAGACCACUGUUCCCUUCGGCGAUGCGGUUAUCAGCACUUGGGAUACUUGCGUCGGGGUCGAGCUAUGCGAGGAGCUUUUCACGCCCUCAAGCCCGCACAUUGAUAUGGGCUUGGAUGGCGUCGAGAUCUUCACAAACUCUUCGGGUUCACACCACGAGUUGCGGAAGUUGAACACUCGCAUUGAUCUCAUCAUGGAAGCCACCGAAAAACUCGGAGGCAUCUACCUGUAUGCCAAUCAGCAAGGGUGUGACGGCGACCGGCUUUAUUAUGACGGCUGCGCGAUGAUCGCCGUGAAUGGGAAAGUUGUGGCACAAGGCAGUCAGUUCAGCUUGAAUGAUGUUGAGGUCGUCACCGCUACGGUUGAUAUCGAGGAUGUACGGGCGUAUAGGAAGAGGAGCAGUAGGAGCCAACAGGCAGCUGAAAGCCCGAAGUAUGAGAGGAUUGAGGUUCCCACGGCCCUCGCUACAGACGACCUCAGCAUUUAUGGCCUUCUCGGACCAGAAAGGCCCUUUGAGGUACGAUAUCACGUCCCUGAAGAGGAGAUCGCAUUGGGUCCGGCUUGUUGGCUAUGGGACUAUCUUCGUCGCUCCCGAACGCAAGGGUAUUUUGUACCCCUCAGUGGCGGUAUUGACAGCUGCGCAACCUCCGUCAUCGUGUACAGUAUGUGCCGUCUCGUGGCUCAAUCAGCUGCAAAAGGCGACAAGCAAGUGAUUGCCGAUGCACGGCGCAUCGCUGGCGAGCCCGAAGAUUCUAGCUACAUACCCUCGGAUCCCAGAGAAUUCUGCAAGCGCAUCUUCCACACUUGCUACAUGGGCACCGAGAACUCGAGCAUCGAGACAAGGAAGCGAGCGAAAGACCUCUCAGAGGCAAUUGGAAGCUAUCAUGUCGAUCUGAAUAUGGACAUGGUUGUCAGUGCUGUCCGUAACCUGUUUGGGCUCGUCACGGGCAUCACACCACAAUUCAAGGUGCACGGCGGAUCAAAUGCGGAGAAUUUGGCUCUGCAAAAUAUCCAAGCUCGCUUGCGAAUGGUUCUGGCGUACAUGUUUGCCCAACUUUUACCGUUCGUUCGAGGACGCUCUGGCGGGCUCCUAGUGCUGGGAAGCGCCAAUGUUGAUGAGAGUUUGCGUGGCUAUCUAACGAAAUACGACUGCUCCUCGGCAGACAUCAAUCCCAUCGGAGCGAUCAGUAAGACCGAUUUGAAGAGGUUCAUCGGAUGGGCUCAGCACGCGUUCGAACUACCGAUCCUGGGGAGCUUCUUAGACGCCGUGCCCACUGCAGAACUCGAACCGAUCACGGAGACAUAUGUGCAGUCAGACGAGGCCGAUAUGGGUAUGACGUACGACGAGCUCUCGGUAUUCGGUCGCUUGCGCAAAGUUGAGCACUUGGGCCCGUACGGCGUCUACAUGAAGCUGGUUCGCGAAUGGGGAGAUCAUCUGUCCCCGACGAGAAUUGCGGAAAAGGUCAAGCUCUUCUUCUUUGAAUAUGCGAGGAACCGUCACAAGAUGACUACGUUGACGCCUUCUUAUCACGCGGAGUCUUAUAGUCCGGACGACAACCGGUUUGACCUCCGUCCUUUCUUGUACCCGUCACGCUUCCCAUUCCAAUUUUCAAAGAUUGACGAGAUCGCCGCUCGGCUUCCCGAUCGUUCCGUCAACCCCGGUCCAGAGAAGGCGAAAGUAGAGUAA